AUGGGUUUCCGUGGAAAUCGUUUUGGUUACGGGCCAAUGCGAAUACCUCGUGGUGCACCACGGUUCUUGUAUGGACGCAUUAUGAAACGAGGAUUCAUGCAAAAGAAACCCUUUGAGUUCAAGAAGUUACCUGAUGCAGCCAAAUAUAAAGAAUAUGCUGUUACGUCUGACAAUAUUAUAUGUUUUUCUGGCUUUCAAAACGUUCUUACGGCUCAGCAUGAUUUUCCUUUGGAAAUUGAUGGCAGAGUGUAUGAUAAUGUCAACCAUUUCUACCAGCUUGCUAAAACAGAGGCGCUCUGUGGUGUUACAUCAUUGCUAAUGACAGAAUGUGUGGAUAGUGAUGGCUCAUCAAAAUCACCUGUUAAGGAUUAUAAUACGCUCGCUAGAAAUAUCUUAAAGAUCAAUAAAGUAAGUAGAAAUUCUGCGGAAGAAUGGCGAAAGGGUCCUGGUCUGGAAGCAAUGCAGCGAGCAUUACUAGCAAAAGUUGAACAAUGUGAGGAACUUCGAAAGGAAUUGAUGAAUUCAGGCGAAAAAUUGCUUGUCCAUUGUUUUGGUGGAGAUGAUUUUUAUGCAAGUGCUUGUAAUCAUAACUACAUGCAGGACUGGGCGAAAAGUAUGCAGAAUAAUAAAGUGAUGAUUAAGAUACCGAUGGAAUUUCCUCUAACAAAGGAGACAGUUUUAUCAAUCCCUAAAUUUGGUUUGGGUCGAAAUGUUCUUGGCGUCAUUUAUAUGCAGUUGAGAGAGAUGUUACGCGAUGGUGUUUUACCGUACAAAGGAAGAACAAAAAAGGCAUUCCGCGAAAAACAAGGUUUGGAAAUGAAGGCUGAGGAAAUAGCUGGUCCAAGCAUCGUUCCGAGUGUCCCGGCACCACUCAAAAGUGAAAUAGAUGACAGUAGUUUGAGUGAUGGCUUCAUAAUUGGUGGAGGGUCGAUCCAGAGUUCAAUGAAAUCACGCUCAGCAUCUAAUACUUCUCGCAAUGUCCUUUCAGUACCUUUGGAAUAUUUGGCUAGUUUCAGCAGUAAGUAA